AUGGCGCAGCUGAUUCAGAUGAUGCAGUCACGCCAGUCAGUAUCAGACAAGUCGCCAGACAGUCCCGAGGCCAGCGACGCAGAGGCGAGUCAGCGACGGCGAAAGUCGGUGGCUUUUGCAGAUGACAAGCACGGAGGCACCAAUGAUGAGAGUCAACUAGACAAGGACUCGAUAAAUCACUCAACCAAUGAACAAAUGUCGACUCCACACGCGAGUCCUCAAGACAUGAGUCGAGAGAGCAAUCCAGGCAAAGACCGCCCUAUCGUAUCACAGCAACAGUCUCUAGGGUUCGCAAUCAGGAAUCAGGUUUUCCAACCAGAAGACGAAACCCUAGAAUCAUUUUUACCCAGGGAUAAGCUAGAAGAAUCUCUGACACAGCAGCGGAUCAUAGAAGCACUCAGAAUAGAAGGAGAAUUCCCCCCUGAGAGGCUGGAAUCCAUCGCGCGAGAUAUCAUAGACCCCCUGGGGUUCAUGACUAGCUCUCAACCGCAUCUACGUUCUCGAAAAGAGAUCUUUGCAAUCCUCUCGUUGAUCGAUAAGAUCUCAACUAUUGAAAGCUUCAUCCAAGACGGACUUUUUGAUCAUGACCUGCCUUUUCGCUAUCUUCGACAGACGGAUUCUUUGGAUGGUAAUACACGCCCGUGGGUAAUGAAAACUUGCGACCUACACAGGGAAUCAAGGGAAAUCCCAUUUUUUCGCAAGUGGUCAAAUAAAGAGGCCGAGUCAUUCGAAGGACGACAGUGGAAAGUGCAUAUUCCGGUAUUUACCGGCAUCCCCGAGACAACUGACAAGCCGACACACUAUGUCCUGGCAAAAAAGGCAAAUCUUCCAUACAUUUUCAAAACAGAAGUAGGAAGAGGUGGGUUUGGCGCUGUUGACAGGGUAGAGAUACACGCUAGUCACACUAUUACAUCGGGAAAUCCAGCGGUGGUUGCUGUAAAAAGACUGGGAACCUCGGAACGAUGCGUAUUCGAUAGAGAGGUUUCGAAUCUCAACCGAUUCGCGACAAAAGAUGCGCCGCAUCUGAUUCAGCUUCUUUGGACAUUUUCCCUUGGGUCAGAGCAUCACCUUGUAUUCCCAUGUGCGGACGGAAAUUUGAUGGAUCUAUGGAGACGACACCAUGCUCCCCUAGCGGCAAGCCAGGACCAUGAAACGGCGCUUUGGUUUUCCAGACAGUGCCUCGGGAUUGUUCAAGGACUCAACAUGAUUCACCAGACCAACGACCCUGACUCAGACGAGCCGCAAAAAUACGGUCGACACGGAGACUUAAAACCCGAGAACAUCCUGUGGUUCAGACAAUCCAGUAGUACGGAGCCAGGAUACAGUCUUGGUACGCUAAAAAUAUCAGACUUCGGUCUAACGAGAUUCCACAGAACACAAACCAAGUCUCACAUUAACACUAAUGGAAUUGGAUGGUCGCCAACAUACAGGGCACCUGAAUACGAUGUACACGAUGAAGUCGCCCAGAGCUACGACAUCUGGUGUUUAGCGUGCGUUUUCCUCGAGUUCACUACAUGGUACCUCAACGGCUGGGACGCAGUGGACAAAUUCGCUGAGUCUCGGAAGAAAGAGGACAGCAAUCCUAUAAUGAGGCAAGAUACAUUCUUCAAUCAUAUUCACGAAGGAAAUAGAGUUAGCGCUAUUGCUAAGAAAUCUGUCGCAGUGGAAAUGCGAAAUCUGUACGAACAUGCCGACGCCUCAGACCUCACCAUAGAUCUUCUUGAGUUUGUGGAAACUGACCUACUUCGGAUGCGCCCUGAACUCCGAACGAGGUGUUCCAAAGUUGUGCACAGGCUUCAAGGUCUUUUCGACAAGUCUUGUAGUAACCCAGAUUAUUGCUUGACGUUGGCAAGAGACCUGCCAGUUCGAAAAGAUACGGACCUCUCACGCUUGGAUCCUGUGGGCGUGACUAUACAAUAUCAUGCAGGCGGGAUGCGAUCAGAUGAUAUACUUCCCCAGCUUAGGCAACGACGAGGAUCAGGCUCCUCGAGUCCAAGGCUGUCGUCAUUCCGACAAUCGAAUCCUCAAGUGGCCACUUUGUUUGAGGAGCCAGUCAGUGUUGAUUACGUUGUGCAUAAGGAAAUGCCAAAUGGUCAACUGCAGCAACCGAUCAAGUCCCAAAUCAAGCCGGUCAGCAACUCUGACAUGCAGGAUACGAUUGACACUGCUACACCAAAUGACAAUUCUGAAAUCGCAGUGACUACAGUGGAAAAAGUGGAUCUAAGAACCAGCGAGCAAGAGGAAUAUGGUCAAGGUUAUGGUCAGCCUGACCAGCAGAGAGAUGAAGUAGGCCCGUCAACAAAGUUACAAAAUCUUGCUGUUUCCUCAACAGACGUACAGCCCGAGCAAAAGAAAAAGCGUUCGAAGCGAAGAGACAAGGUGAAAUCAGGGCUUAGCUGGGUUUUCUGUUGCCGUAGUGGACAACAUAAGGAAUAG